UUCCCCUUCCUUUUUCCGAUGUUUUAAUUUCUUUUUAGAUGUUUUCAUUUUUACCCUCCAAAAUUGGUUCUGUGGAAACAAAGAAAUCAGAAAAUUGUGUGUGCCUGCUGGUUUUGGAAGCUCCAUCAAAGAAGAAGAUUCUCAUGGUACAGUGUGAUUCAGGUGGAAUAGCAGGGAUUGAUUCCGUUUGAGAGGGAAUAAACAUGGGUGAGGUAGUUGUGAGCGAGAGAUUAGUUGGAACGGCUGAGGAAGAAGAGAAGCAGACGACUACGGUGGCGGCUGCCGAGGAAGAAACUACUGCAACGGCGGGAAAAGGCGGAGGAGGAGAAUCGAAAGGGCUGAUGAGGUGGGAGAAGUUCUUGCCGAAGAUGGUACUGAGGGUGCUCUUGGUUGAAGCUGAUGAUUCCACGAGGCAGAUUAUAGCGGCGCUCCUCAGAAAAUGCAGCUACAAAGUGGCGGCUGUUCCUGAUGGCCUAAAGGCAUGGGAAAUACUCAAGGGAAGACCACGCAAUAUCGAUCUAAUACUGACGGAAGUGGAUUUACCUGCCAUAUCUGGCUAUGCACUUCUCACUUUAAUUAUGGAACAUGAUAUUUGCAAAAAUAUCCCUGUCAUAAUGAUGUCCUCACAAGAUUCUAUAAGUACAGUAUACAAGUGUAUGCUGAGGGGAGCUGCUGAUUAUCUUGUUAAGCCCCUUAGAAAAAAUGAAUUGAGGAAUUUGUGGCAGCAUGUUUGGAGAAGGCAAUCGUCAACUGUUGCCAUGAAUGGCCUCCAAGAUGAGAGUGUUGCGCAGCAGAAGGUUGAAGCCACUGCUGAAAACAAUGAUGCUAGUAUUCGUUCAAGUGGUGAUGCUGCUUCCAUUCAGAGAAAUAAGGAAUUAAUCGAGAAAGGAAGUGAUGCACAGAGCUCUUGCACAAAGCCCGACCUGGAAGCUGAGAGUGGCCCUGUCGAUAACAUGCAGGAAUUUGCUUCACUGAAAUGUGGUGAAUCAUAUCCAACUGGAACAAUGACACAAGAGGUAGAAACGUGCAUGCGUUUGGGGCAGAUAUCAGUUAUGCAUGACAGUCAUGCUGGAGGAUUAGCUAUGGCUAGUAGCAAAAAUUGUGAGACAAGCACAACGAAUGGCAAGGAUGGCGAUACAGAACAUUUUCGGAGUGCUACUAUCUGUGGUGAGGCUCAUGACAAUCACUGUGUUCAAAUUAGCUGUUCUAAGGAAGCUAUUGACUUGAUUGGAGCAUUUCAUAAUCGUCCAAACUGCAGUCUCAAAACUCCCACAGUUAACUGCACAGGAACGGUAACCAUUGAAAUGCCUUGUUAUUCUUUUUCAAAGAACUAAAGUUACAUGAUUUGAUAUGCUACAUCUUUAACUUUAGAAUAGGGAUGUUUCAAGUUUUUCAAAGAUUGUAUAUAUGCUCAUCGUUAAGAGGUUUCUUGCAGGUAUACAAACAAGCAAUUUCAAGCCUCACCUGCGAUUUUAAACUUCUCUGACCAACAAAGGGAACAGAGAACAAAUUGCGAGAAAAGUAUAUCCCAUUUUGCUACUGGGUGUAAUUCAGAAAGUUCAACACCUAGUGUGCAAAGAAAUCUUUUAUCUCCAACUACACCCCAAUCGAAAGAAUCUGAAGCAGCAACUUCACACUCACAACAGCAAGGGCACUCUCUCCCGAUUGCAGUUAAAGGUGUAAGGUUCAAUGAUUUGUGCACGGCCUAUGGUUCUGUACUUCCUCCAAUGUUUCGCACACAAUCGGGUCCACCAUUGGUGCCUAGCCCCAGUUCAGUUGUGCUUCUUGAACCAGCCUUUCAAGUAAAUGGAUUUUAUCAAUCAAGUGUUAAAGACAAUAGUUCAGAGCAAGUUUAUGAAUCUCCCAGUUCUGGUGGAAAAAGUGCUCCAAACAACAUGAUUUCCAGACCGGAACACAAACCAGAACAUGCUGAGGAUCGAAGACAUAUCUCUCCUGCAACUGAUCAAAGUGGAUCCGGUAGCUUCUGUAAUGGAAAUGCAAGCCAUCUUAAUAGCAUGGGGUAUGGAAGCAACUGUGGAAGCAGCAACAUUGUUGAUCAGGUCCCAAUUGGCAGAGCAGCUUCAGAGGGUAAGAAUGAAGAGAUGGCAAACAAUGCGAGCUCUCAUCGAUCUAUCCAAAGAGAAGCAGCUCUAAAUAAGUUCCGCUUGAAAAGGAAAGAGAGAUGCUAUGAGAAGAAGGUUCGAUAUGAGAGCAGAAAGAAACUAGCAGAGCAGCGCCCGAGAGUGAAAGGUCAAUUUGUUCGUCAAGUGCAGCCGGAUGCACUCACUGCAGAGAAAGAUGGCAAAGAAUAUGAUCUUUAACACAUUUCUGACUCACUAGAGAGAACACUUAUUUAGUAUAGUUGCUUCAAAAUUUUGUUUUCUCGAAUCACAUGAUCUGUAUAUGCUUUCUAAGACGACUUUCCUCAUUUCUAUUUCCUUUUAGAUAUAGCUAAUGUAAUAUAUCCUUGUAAUCUAUAUAGUGUCAUAGUUAUUUUGCUGCCACAUUAUUUAUUUGUUUAUUUGUAAGGAUUUGAUUGUUCAUCAGGACUCAUGAUGAUGGAUUAUGUAGGAGAUUAUAGAGCAUUACUAUAACAUCAUAUGACGCUAAGUU